CGACACUAUGACGAACCCAGACCCGCCGCCACCUCUCAUUGGACAGACAAACGGGGUGGACAGUGUUGUCAAAGAUCUGGUUGCGGGCACGGUCGGCGGGUGGGCACAAGUCGUCGUCGGACAUCCCUUUGAUACGCUGAAAGUUCGUCUGCAAACCCAAGGACCUAAUCCAAAGUAUGCCAAUGCAAUUGACUGUCUCAAGAUAACGGUUCGAGAAGAGGGCGCUCUUGCCCUUUACAAAGGCGUCACUUCGCCAUUACUCGGUGUCGGCAUUUGCAAUGCUGUGUUGUUUGCUGCAAAUGGAGGAUUCCGACGGUGGAUUGGAGGUGGGCGGGAGGAUCUCACAGUGGGCGAAUAUGUAUUUGCGGGAGCCUUGUCUGGUGGUGUAAUUGCAUGGGUCAACUGUCCGGUAGAGCUGUUAAAAGUCAAGCUACAGACACAGUAUACCACUGGUUCUGAGCAGCAGUUCAAGGGCGUCUUGGACUGUGGACUCAAGACUCUCCGUCAACAAGGAAUUCAAGGUCUCUACCGAGGAAUUGGAAUUACGAUCGUGAGAGACGUGCCAAGUUUUGCAGCAUAUUUUGGCGCAUAUGAAGGCACCAAGGCCUACCUAAAAUCCCACAACAAGGAGCUCAAUCCCCUUCAACUCAUCCUUGCGGGCGGUAUAGCAGGCAUUGCGGCAUGGCUGCCUUGUUAUCCCCAGGAUGUGAUUAAAUCUCGAAUUCAAAGCGAUACGAGGAAUAUGUCGACAAUGCAGUAUGCUCGUGAGAUUUGGCUUCAGGCUGGAUGGAAAGGCUUUUUCAAAGGGUUUGGACCAACGAUGUUGAGGGCUUUUCCUGCGAAUGCAGCAACGUUUUUGGCUUACGAAUCGGCACGAAAGGCUUUAUCGUGACACCUUAUGGAGUGAAAGACCAAGAUUGGAUAUUUAUUUCAACAUUUUACAUAACUUAUUGAUGUCAAAUUCAUACACAUGGCCGGUGCACCAUACAUCACAUGCUUGAGUCCGCGACAAACGUCUUUUUCCUCCACAUACAUCGCAAGAUCAGUGGAAUUAAAAUAUUCGUAUUAAUGUACAAAACAG